AUGAAGAUUGAAUCCAGUGAUAGUUCAGUGUGUAUUGAACAAAACGAUUCCGGAAAGGCAACUACUCAAGAUCGUACGCUGUCAAAUGUUGCCGAUGUGCUGGCGUUUAUGGCCAGUGGCCGAGGGGGUCUACGCACUGGACCGGCAGCAAAUCGUGCCUUUGCAUCAGCUAUUGAAUUGCUUAAAGACGAGGAUUCCAGGCGACUCGGAAUUCAAGCUAUGCGCAGAGAGCUGACAAACUGGUUACAAACACCUGAAAAGUUGAUUCGUGCAGGUAUGAUCGUGUGCGAUUUUCCGUUUGAUCAUUGA